UAUAACACUCUACAGCAACAUGAAGUGAUUCUCCAGAACAACCAGCGGGCCGGCUUCCUCAUAGGGGACGGAGCUGGAGUUGGCAAAGGCCGCACAGUGGCUGGCAUCAUUCUAGAAAACUACUUAAAGGGAAGGAAGAAAGCACUAUGGUUCAGCGUCUCCAAUGACCUGAAAUAUGACGCAGAGAGAGAUCUCCAAGACAUCCAUGCACCCAAUAUACAAGUGCAUGCCUUGAAUAAGAUAAAGUACGGAGACACAGCUACCUCAGAAGGAGUCUUGUUUGCCACCUACUCGGCACUAAUUGGGGAGAGUCAGGCAGGCGGCCAACACCGAACGCGUCUGAAGCAGAUCCUAGACUGGUGUGAGCCGGGUUUUGAUGGAGUUAUCAUAUUUGACGAAUGCCACAAAGCCAAAAAUGCAACAUCCACAAAGAUGGGCAAGGCCGUGCUGGAUCUGCAGAACAAGUUGCCACUGGCCAGAGUGGUGUAUGCCAGUGCCACAGGUGCCUCGGAGCCAAAGAACAUGAUCUAUAUGAGCCGUCUGGGGAUCUGGGGAGAGGGAACCCCCUUCAGAACCUUUGACGACUUCCUCCACGCCAUUGAGAAGAGGGGCGUGGGGGCCAUGGAGAUCGUCGCAAUGGAUAUGAAGGUCAGCGGGAUGUACAUCGCACGCCAACUCAGCUUCUCAGGAGUCUCAUUCCGCAUAGAAGAGAUCAGCUUGGAUGAUGAUUUCAAACUUGUGUACAACAAAGCUGCUAAACUUUGGGCGGAAGCUUUGGCCGUGUUCAUGCAGGCCGCUGACGAACUCUGCAUGAGCUCCAGGAAAUCCCUAUGGGGUCAGUUUUGGUCAUCCCACCAGCGUUUCUUUAAAUACCUCUGUAUCGCUGCCAAGGUGCGCUGCCUGGUGGAACUGGCCAAAAAAGAGUUGGAAGCAGGGAAGUGUGUCGUGAUAGGGCUACAGUCAACAGGUGAGGCUCGAACCAGAGAAGUCCUUGACGAAAACGACGGACACUUGGACAGAUUUGUGUCUGCUGCCGAGGGUGUGUUUCAGUCUCUGGUCCUCAAACACUUUCCGUCAGAGAAGCAGAGAAGAGAAAAAGGAGCUGGGAACAAGAGGAAACGUAAGCCACGGGCACGGCAGCCAAAGCAACCCCGACAGAUUACUGAUGUAGCGGGAGUGAUCAACAUCAGCGAUGACAGCAGCACCGAGUCUGACGCCAUGGACAGCGACUCCAACUCCUCGCCAGACUCAGUCCAAGACAACACUGACGAUGUCAUCUUCAUCAAUCAAACCAGCUACCAAAUGGCACGGUUAGAGGAGAUGAAACAAGGGCUUCUCAACAAGAUCGCUGAGCUGGGAAAAGAACUACCUCUUAACACACUGGAUGAGCUCAUUGAUAAAUUUGGAGGUCCAGAACAAGUAUCAGAGAUGACGGGACGUAAAGGCAGAGUGGUGCGUCGGUCUGACGGCAGCGUCCAAUAUGAGUCUCGCGCUGAGCAGGGCCACACUAUCGACCAAAUCAACAUCAAAGAGAAAGAUCGCUUCAUGAAUGGAGAGAAGUUGGUAGCCAUCAUAUCAGAAGCGGCCAGUUCUGGGAUUUCACUUCAAGCUGACAGAAGGGUGAAGAAUCAGUGUCGGAGGGUUCACAUGACCCUGGAGCUGCCUUGGAGUGCGGACAGGGCCAUCCAGCAGUUUGGUCGUACUCAUCGUUCCAAUCAGGUCACGGCACCGGAGUACAUCUUCCUAAUCUCCGAACUGGCAGGCGAGCGACGAUUUGCGUCCAUCGUGGCAAAGAGGCUGGAGAGCCUGGGAGCUCUGACUCAUGGUGACAGGAGGGCCACAGAGUCUAGAGACCUGAGCAAGUACAACUUUGAAAAUAAAUAUGGCACCAAAGCUCUAGAUAAGAUUACCAAAGCCAUCCUUGGUCAGAUUGAAAGCAAGGUACCCCCUCCAAAUGACUAUCCUGGUGGCGAUUCCAUGUUCUUCAGAGACAUGAAGCACGGUAUGAUGGACGUAGGCAUGCUAUGCAGUAAUUCACGCUUGGGCAUCAACACUGAAAAAGACUGCAAUAUCACCAAGUUCCUCAACCGGAUACUGGGCCUGGAGGUGCACAAACAGAACUCCCUCUUCCAGUAUUUUACGGACAAUUUCGACUACUUGAUCGAAAAGGACAAGAAAGAGGGCAAAUAUGAUAUGGGAAUACUGGAUCUGGCACCAGGAAAUGACCAGAUUUAUGAGGAAACACAGGAGAAGUUUCUAACGGCGGGAAACCCUCAAGAUGGUCAAGUUAUCCUAUAUAAGAUAAGUGUAGAUAGAGGUAUGACAUGGUUGGAGGCUCUCCAGAAGGCCCAAACUCUCAGCAACCCGGACGAAGGCUUCUAUUUAUCCCAUAAAUUGAGAGGUAACUACCCAUGCGUGCUGCUAGCCGUGCAGGGCCAGGAGCACAACAUGAUCAUCUACAAACCAAACAUCGGCAAGCAGGCCCAAACGGAAAGCCUUGAUAACCUUCAACAAAAAUACCACAAGGUCACUCCAGAGGAGGCACAAGAUAGCUGGGAAAACCAGUUCACUUUCUCCUUCAGGAAAUGUAGUCAUGCUAACUGGAACGGGAGGUGUAAGAAGGUAGAGGAGGGUCAGGAGUGCUUAAUGGGUACUCGAUUGCGUCAGUAUCACAUGUUGUGUGGCGCUCUGCUCCGCGUUUGGAAGCGUGUGUCUGAUGUGGUCGCUGACAUCACCAAUUCCAGCAUUCUCCAAAUUGUCCGGCUCAAAACCAAAGACAGCAGCAAACAAGUUGGUAUUAAAAUCCCAGAGAACUGCAUGUCAAAGGUGCGUCAGGAGUUGGUGAGGAUGGAUGCAGAGGUGAAGCAGCGACAUCGAGAGAAGGAGCAGCAAGCUCAGGAGCAGCGUCAGGCUGAGGAGCAACAGAGGCUGAUGGCACAGCGUCAGUUUUUCUCCCAAAAUUUGUUCACCUCAUCUUUGCCAAAUCCCAGCCUGGCCAGCUUACCCACUCCGUACAUCUCCUUCCCCUCGUUCCCUUCCAUAAAAUACCCUUUGGAAGAAAUCCUGGACUUGUCGGUUCAAAGAUCCUCGCCCUCCUCCCAAGUUCGCACUCAAGCUGACCUGGGUGUAGACAACCUCUCCAGGCAACCCGAACCUAUGGUGGACGACUUUAACCUUGAAGUGUUUAUUCAAGAGCAGCAACAACCACAGCAGGAGAGCCAGGCCACACAGGAAAGCAGUUCAGCACGGGACACAGAACUGUUAGACAUGAUACUGUCUUUGAACUCCUUUAUAACACCCCCUAGUCAGACUGCCCCUGCCUCUUCCUCCUCAGAUGCACCUUUGUCGGUACCCAUGGUCUUGUCAAAUUCCUCCUCUUCUUCCUUGUCCAACUUCACUCACUCACUCACACCACCUUCAUCAUCUUCCUUGUUGUCGCGCAUCUCUCUCUCCCCUACGGACCAGCAGAUGCUCCCAGUACCCAACAGCCACUGCAGCUCUGAAGCCAUCAUAAACGUACGAGAGGUGUUGAACAACAUGCUGCAAGGUGGAACAGAAUCACGGCAGUCCGUCAUUAAGUACCCACAACCCGAGUGAGAUCCUUCCAGUCGGACUCUCCUGUAGACGCGCACACACACACGGGGCUGUAGUCUGACCACUGCCGGCGUCCUGCUCCGCCACUGGCCUCGGUUCCACAAGCAUGAGAUUCUGCUUCAUAAGAUGGGAGGAAGUCUGGUGUUCCUAAACAUUUUGUCUCCAUACUAUGGAUAGUUACCGAGGUUGUCAUCCCAGUUUAAACAUCCGGAAUUUUAUACACUGGGGCUUUAAAGAGUAUUGAUUUACCAAGAGUGAAAACGAUUUAAGGUUUGUUUAGGUUAUGUCAUACCACAUCGUACAGUAUAUUUUGCUUAAAGAUUUUGCUCAAGAUGGAGC